AUGGUAUCAACGGGACUCGUUGUCGCCAGUAUUCGUGAAUCGACACAGACGCAGUUGGAGCAUGCCCGAAUUCGGGAGCUCGAGCAGAAUCUACUAUUUGAGAAGGCAAAAACUGCAAAGCUUCUCAAAGAAUUAGAGGACAAGAGGCUUACAACUGUAGCAGAGCAGUCCAGAAUCCAACAGUUGGAGGAGGAACUGAGCCUUUGUCGCAAUGAAAAUGAGGACCUCCAACACUGCUUGUUGAACUCAAGCCAGACAGAUAUACCCGAGCAUAGUCUUGAACUGCAGACAGAGGCAUUGCGUCUCCGGGAUCAGCUCUUAUCUGCCAGCAAGGAGCACCAAAAGGAAAGCAGUCAACAAAAGGACACGUAUGAGAAAAAUAUGAAAAAAUACCAACAAGAAAUUGAAAAGCUCAAUGGGCUGAAUGAGAAACAUGUCCAGGAGAUUGCAGAUUUAAGGAAGAAACUAGAGCUAGCCACAAGGGAGAAUAUGGGUAUGAUGGACAGCUGGAAAUCCAAACUGGACAGCAUUGUUUCUGAUCACCAGAAAUCUUUACAUGACUUGAAAGGGUCCCUGGUUACAAGCCCUGACACUCAAUACAAAGAGGUAGUAGAUCUUAAAGCCAACAUGGAGAGUCUUAAAAUGGAACAUCAGCUGGAACUUGAGAACUUAAAAGCCAAGAACGAGAUUGAAAUAGCAGUUCAUAUUAAGGAGAAAGAGAUCCUUAAAUCCAAGAUACAAGAAAUUAAGGACGAAAUAGAAGAAGGCAAUAACAACUGGAAAACACAACUGGAAUCAAAAACCAAUCAACAUCUUAAAGAACUUCAAGACAUUAAGGACAAAUACAGAGCAACAGAACAGCGAGUAUGUGAACUGGAAAAGAUAAACAUCGAAUACAACGACCAGACGCAAGCCAUAGCCUUCAUGAAAGAACAGAUCUCCAUAGCUGAAAAGAAAAUUGUGGAUUAUGAUUCCCUCCAGAAAGCAGACCUUCGAAACAAACAAGAAAUCCAAAGAUUGCAGGACAACAUAAUGCUUCUGGAAAACAAACUACAGUCCAUGGAGCAGCUUCUCUCUUCACAAAAUGCAAAUGUGAUAGAAACCAAUGAUAUUUCUGAAGAAAAGAUAAAAAUGAAAAAUGCAUUGGAAGAUCUGCAAGUUAAGCUCAGUAAGCGAGACAAAGAGGUGUCAUCUAUGUCUUCCCACAUUGAAGCACUAAGGGCUCAAAUAACUGCUCUUGAAAACAGAUGCAAAUCAGGAGACAAAAAGGUGGAUUCUUUAGUUAAGGACAAUAAAAAACUAGAAGCUGAGCUAGAAGCCUUCUCUAGAAAAUCCCAUGACACAUCAGGGCAGUUUGUCUUAAUCAGCCAGGAUUUACUCAAGAAGGAGAGGAAUUUAAACGAAUUGAGAGCUCUUCUGUUGGAAGCCAAUAGACGCUCACCAGGACCAGAAAAAGACUUAAGCCGAGAGGUUCAUAAGGCAGACUGGAGAUCAAAAGAACAGAAACUAAAAGAAGAGAUCAAAAUAUUAAGAGAAAAGCUUAUGAUUUUGGACAAAGAAAAGUCUGUAUCAGAUCAGAGGCGUUACUCGUUAAUAGAUCCUUCGACUGAGUCAGAAGUCCUGCGGUUACAGCAUCGUUUGGUAAGCACUGAAGAUGCCCUCCGUGUUGCGCUGGAUCAGGGCCAUCAAAUGGAGAAACUAAUGGAGGCCAUGAGAAACAACACAGAGAAAUCUCAGGUAACUGGAAACUCUGAAUCGGCCAAUGGGAUCCAUCAGCAGGAAAAAUCAUAUACACAGGAGGAAAAUCCUUGACACCAACAAAAAAAUUUACAUUGUAAACCAAUGAACUUUUGGCAAAUAUAGACAGAAAAUCUACGUUGUAGCUGCCUAUCAGAAAGAAUUUAUAGAGUAUUUUGGCUGGAAAGACAGGACAGUGUUGCUUAUGUAAUGUUAGAUAUUGGACAAUCAUGGAGUGUACGUCUCAUAACACAAAACUGAAAUGAGACAUCAUAAAAGGAUCGUACAAGAGGUGAUCGUUGUUUUCUCAUAUUCUAGAAUUAUUCCUGGGUUACUCUUGUUACGCUAGACCAAGUAACAUGAACCAUGCAUUGUACAAACUGGACAUGACCUUGAUUCAGACAUCUUCAGAUAACCAUUCCCCACUUACUCUAACAUUACACUACCUGUUGAGAAGAUAUAAACUAUUCUGGAA